AUGCAUUUCAGCCAGUUUGGUGCACUGCUUUGCCUUCUGGCUCCGGCCAGUGGCAUAGCAGUCAGGCCUUAUGGAGGAGUCCCUCAUGCCCGAGCACUCUCUUCUUCAGCACCUUCAGCAACCCGCGUUGUCGCGUUCGCUGCGGCUGCGGCAACCGGAGGACCCAACGCGGGAGACUCUAGCCAUAAUAUCUCAUCGCUUUGGACAACAGCACAAUGUGACCAGAAUUCCAUUGACGAUGCUACUGUCGCUUUCAUUGAUCGAUGGUAUGCGGCAGGCGUUCCAGGGGCCUGGAAUACGAUGCUUGCAGAGUGGCAGAGUGGAGCUAAGGACGGCAUGUAUCGCAACCUCGCAUUUCCGCAGUUCGUCAGUUACUACUUCCACGGUCCGGAGCAAUGGAAUUGUAAAGAUGUCGGCAGCGUCCCAUGCUCUACCGUCGUCCAGUGCAAGGACGUCGAUCAUCCAGCAGGUGAGAUGUCCGGUGCACUCGAUACUGCGAUGCUUGAAAUCCAGGGCAAGAUAGGCAAAUUUUCCGAAAUAUUUGCUCCCCAGAGUGAUGACACCAAGAUAAUCCUGGCAAUUUUUGACGCCUUGACCACCAUGAUGGGCUUUAGUGUUUCAGCGUUCUUCAGUGUCGUUGAAAAGGAUGUCGCAAAAGCAGCCUCGGGUAUCUCCACGAGCCAUGUAAAGCCUCCUCCCCAGGCUCCUUCUAGCGCUUAUAGCGAUCGUGGCCCUCUUGAAACUAUUCCUGAGGGUCUCGCCCUUGGACCAAAGACGCAAGAGAGGACGGAAGAGGCGCUGAAAUUGAAAGGAUCUGAGAUUGAAUUCGAUGGUAAGGCGUAUGCUAACGACAUGACCUACCAAGUUUAUGGUAUCACAGCAGCCUGGACCAGGAAUAAUGCCCCUACGGUUCAUGAUAAACUUGGAGCUCAGAACUCACUAGCCUCCGCUCUCGGCGACAUAUUUGAGGCUUGGAAGGGUGUCGAGGCAUCCUAUCUAAAAAACAUAUUUUCGGGCGAGGAAUCAUCAGUGCACGACCUUGAAAGUCUCAUUGAAGAUGGCAAAAUGAACUUUAUGCCAAACAAACUAGACGAAGCUCAGAUGGCAGCGGAUUUACAGUCGGUACUAUAUGGUCAACUGAUGCCUACUGCGUGGAAGACCGCCUCCAAGAACGCCGGCGCUCAUCCAAUUAUCCUGAAGACGGAUUUCAGCUGUGAGAACAAGGCUGCUAAGAUACCUGAGAUCAGCGACUAUAGCAUGAUGACUGAUGCGGACUCUGCCAGCACACGUGCGUGCUGGAAUGAAAAGCUGGUAUUCCUUGUGAACGCUAAUGAGUGGGACUUUUUCAAUCAAGUUCACUUCACACCACUGCCCGGUGUGGAUAGCACCAACCUCUCUGGAGAUAAAUGGGGAGGCAUCACCAUUGAUGACAUUGUUGCAAGUGCAAUGACCGGAUAUGAGAACGCUGGCAACAAAAACGGCUACAAAUCACCGAGUUCAGAGGACAUUGAGAAGGAUAGCAAUGCCGAUAAGUAUGGAAAGCGAAUCCGUUACCCUGGUUUCUUCAAUAUCCCUGUAUGCGAUGGUUUGGAGAAGACCAAACAGGCUAUCGGUUCCAAUCACCACGCAAACUCUCCUUUCUGGCCUUGCGACGCGCCUGAGAACUUCAACAACGCAGGAACUACCAUUCAUGUGAACGUGGGAUGGAUUACCGCUAAUGGUGAUAAGCCUGUUUGCGAUACGUUCAAGGUUGAUGAUCCAGGAAAUGGUGAUACACUCAAUGCAACAUUGUAUGGACGAUUCGAUCCACACAACACUGCCGAUUCUACUGUCAAGGCAAACUGCAAGAUUACUUUCUCCUGGCCAAAAUCGUAUGGUGAUAUCUAUUAUGGAGAGGACAAUUGCAUGUAUGACGGCGAAUCCAAACCAAUCCCGGAUGCAGAUGGCAACCCCGUGUGUUGCAAGCAGGACAAUAACCUCACUGAGAAGGUCACUAACCCAUACUUUGUUGGAGGCGCAUGUACGCCGAACUGA